AGGAGGGGAGGAGACCCAUACCGGCAUGACGGCUAUAGAAAGACUCCUGGGUAGACGAGUGUUCACACUAUAUUUAUAGAAAGCCAGUUCCCGUCUUGUGACUCCUUACACAAUGCCGAUGGCUCGGUCGCCUCCGUCUGACAGGUUGGAUGACGCCGCAGAAGGGUAGAUAUUGACAGUUGGCCUAUUGGAGCAAGAAUGACCCUCGAAGGACUUGAGCUCCUCUGAGACCAACAACAGUCCUCCUGUUUGCCACGACUCAUGGUACGAUGACGGGGACUGAUGGGGACGAAGGUCCUAGAAUUGACGGCCCAGAGCCAGUGGUCACUUUACAUUCAGGUCUUUACAAUGGAAGAUUAUUGAUGGUUCUGCCUUAUACAUCAAGGGCUGAGCAAGCUGAACAGUGCCUCCGGAGGCUCCAGGACUGUGGCAUCCAGGUCCCAGUGGAGCAUUGUAAAGACUCCCUACAGAUCCCAGCUCUCAUCCCCGAGGUCUACAGAUACAUCUUCUUCAGCUCCAGAGGCUUCGUUAUCAUCCUAGCAGUGGUCCUAUAUGCCUCCAUUUGGAUCAAUCUCUACUCCACUGCACAGAUGUUCUCCAGUGGCCCUAGCUGGUUGACCAGUAUACCCGUCACCAUCACUGCUGCCAUUGUCACCGUUGUGGUCAUCUUUUCCAUCAACAAUCACCAAAAGAAGAUAAAUGUGAACACAGAUAUAAGACUUGCUGCGGCCAAUGAGGUCUUCAUGGAAUAUAACGUUCUUCUGGGCAUCAGUGACCGAUCGAGAAGUUGUCACAGCGCUCCUUCACUCUGCUUCAUCUACUUCCAUUUGUGGGGCUGCCACCAGAAACUCUCGCAGCGCUUGGCCAACAUGAGUAAGGACGACCUUGGAAAGUUCUUGCACCAGCAAUAUAUCUUCAUUGAAACUCCUGCAGACCCCGCCUGGGCACAAGCGAGGCAUGAGGACAAUACAACAGAAGAGAGCCCCCUGUUGGCCAGCGCUUCCAGGCAUAAACCUGUGCUGUGUAACACGAAGAUUCCUCUUAUUCCACAGGGUCACCCAGAAGUGAUGGCUCGCCAACUACUGAUUAUAGCAAGUGCCUGUUAUGUGCGUCUCCUCACCUCCGGAAAGCUGCCACGAAGCCAUGCCGCAGGUCACACCGGAGUCCUUGAUGUACCGUGUCCUUGUCAGUUCAUUGAGAGCAGCAUACUUACAGCCGGACAUUGCUUCACAUGUAUGUAAAUUGCUACCUAAAGACCCGUGAGAUCAGAGGCCUCCGCUCCGGAGCGCAGAUCAGCCGUCGUGGCCACUCAUACAGACGGACAUGCAAUCUGCAUUUUAUCUAGAAAUCAUUUGGCUCGUGCUCCCUGCUGCGAGUAGACGGUGCCCGACGCCCAGAAGCAUCUCCGCCCGGUUGUGUGACAGACACGAACUAUCUUCAAGUUUACAAAUGCACAUCUCAUGGAGUUGAAAUGAUCAGACUUCAGCGGAGUUAUGUUUACGAGAUGAUUGCUUCAUCCCAUAGAGGACAAGGAGAUCUUCUAGAAACCACUGUGUGAAGCCGCUCAUUCAUGGUGCCAUCUCCUGACGAGCCGUAUAUGAUAGAAGAUGCCGUUUUUGCUGCCCCGAUAUUCCUUCCACACCAUAACCCGCAGUAGGGUCGCUAUAAAUACUUCUAUAAUGAUGAGGCUAUGUAGGACACUAGCAGAAAUGUCGAUUUUACGUACUACCUCAAAAAGAAUAUAAAUCUUGUAUCUGUAUUGUGUAAUGUCUGCUAAACCAUGGAGCUCAAUGAUAUGAAGGCAGCGAUAGAUAACAAUGAUGGAUGGAAGAUACAUAUUUAAUAGGUGUUUUCUAUAGUGAAGUUACAGCAUCCGUUAAACAUGUACAUCAUGAGUCUCCUCCACAGCUUUUCUUUAUAUGGAUUAAAACAGAUCCCAUUACAGCCUAUGGUAAGGCAUUAGUCACAGCCUCUGGGGUUCUCCAUCUUUGGGCAGAUGAUGCUGGGACCUCCAUUUGCUGAAUACAGAUGGCGAUACACUUGUAUGAAUGAGACUGCAGGCCAGGGGUAUUUUUAUGUCGCUUUCUGAUUUAACUGUGGUAACGGAUUUUAUCGUAACUUUAUAGGGUUGUUUAGGUGCAGCCAGAGUGUCGUAUUCAGCCCCUCCAUUGCCACAUUCCAACAGCUGUUCCUUUCAUGUUUCCAUCAAUAGAGCCAUAUGGGGGCUAUUUUUUUGCAGGAUAAGGCUUUAUGCACAUGGCCGUUCUGUGCAUUGGGGACCAGAAUUUGCGUUCCCCAAUGCACAGGCAACAUCCGUGCGGCUGCCGCGACAGAUACAGACCCAU